UGGCUGGGCGGGGCUAGGAGGAGGAGGAGGUGGCAUCUGCGCGCGCGCGCGCGGGUGCGAACGGGAAACGCCGCGAGGGCCAGGCUAGGCCGGGCGGUAGACACGACGGACGGUGACUAUGGCCGCGACAGCGGGUGGCGGCCCGGGAGCAGCAGCAGGCGCCGUGGGUGCAGGGGGUGCGGCGACGGCCUCCGGCCUGGCCGUGUACCGGAGGAAGGACGGGGGCCCGGCCAGCAAGUUUUGGGAGAGCCCGGACACUGUGUCCCAGCUAGAUUCGGUGCGAGUCUGGCUGGGCAAGCACUACAAGAAGUACGUCCAUGCGGAUGCUCCUACCAACAAGACACUGGCUGGACUGGUCGUGCAGCUCCUACAGUUCCAAGAAGAUGCCUUUGGGAAGCAUGUCACCAACCCAGCUUUCACCAAACUACCUGCAAAAUGUUUCAUGGAUUUCAAAGCUGGAGGCACCUUGUGUCACAUUCUUGGGGCAGCUUACAAGUACAAAAAUGAGCAGGGCUGGAGGAGAUUUGAUCUUCAAAAUCCAUCCCGAAUGGAUCGUAAUGUUGAAAUGUUCAUGAACAUUGAGAAAACAUUGGUACAGAGCAACUGUCUGACUAGACCUAACAUCUACCUCAUCCCAGACAUUGACUUGAAGUUGGCUAACAAGUUGAAAGAUAUCAUCAAACGGCAUCAGGGGACAUUUACUGAUGAGAAGUCAAAAGCUUCCCACCAUAUUUAUCCAUAUCCUUCCUCACAAGAGGAUGAGGAGUGGCUGAGGCCAGUGAUGAGGAGAGAUAAGCAGGUGCUGGUGCACUGGGGCUUCUACCCAGACAGCUAUGACACUUGGGUCCACAGUAAUGAUGUUGAUGCUGAAAUUGAAGAUGCACCAAUCCCAGAAAAGCCAUGGAAGGUUCAUGUAAAAUGGAUUUUGGACACUGACGUUUUCAAUGAAUGGAUGAAUGAAGAGGAUUAUGAAGUGGAUGAGAAUAGAAAGCCAGUGAGCUUUCGUCAACGAAUUUCAACAAAGAAUGAAGAGCCAGUCCGAAGCCCAGAAAGGAGAGAUAGAAAGGCAUCUGCCAAUGCUCGAAAGAGAAAGCAUUCCCCUUCUCCUCCUCCUCCCACACCUACAGAGUCCCGGAAGAAGAGUGGAAAGAAAGGACAGGCUAGCCUUUAUGGGAAACGUAGAAGUCAAAAGGAAGAAGAUGAGCAAGAAGAUCUUACCAAGGAUAUGGAAGACCCAACACCUGUACCUAAUAUAGAGGAAGUGGUUCUCCCUAAAAAUGUAAACCCAAAGAAGGACAGUGAAAACACACCGGUUAAAGGAGGCACGGUGGCAGACCUAGAUGAGCAGGAUGAAGAAGCAGUUACGACAGGAGGAAAGGAAGACGAAGAUCCCAGCAAAGGUGAUCCAAGUCGCUCAGUUGACCCAGGUGAAGACAAUGUCACAGAACAGACCAAUCACAUCAUCAUUCCCAGUUAUGCGUCCUGGUUUGAUUAUAAUUGUAUUCAUGUGAUUGAACGGCGCGCACUUCCAGAGUUUUUUAAUGGAAAAAACAAGUCCAAGACUCCUGAGAUAUACUUGGCAUAUCGAAAUUUUAUGAUCGACACAUACCGUCUAAACCCUCAAGAAUAUUUAACCAGCACUGCUUGUCGGCGAAACCUGACUGGAGAUGUGUGUGCUGUGAUGAGGGUUCAUGCCUUUUUAGAGCAGUGGGGUCUUGUUAACUACCAAGUCGAUCCAGAAAGUCGACCCAUGGCAAUGGGACCUCCUCCUACUCCUCAUUUCAACGUGUUAGCUGACACACCCUCUGGGCUUGUGCCCCUGCAUCUUCGAUCACCUCAGGUCCCUGCUGCUCAACAGAUGUUAAAUUUUCCUGAGAAGAACAAGGAAAAACCAAUUGAUUUACAGAACUUUGGUCUUCGAACUGACAUUUACUCCAAGAAAACACUGGCAAAGAGUAAAGGUGCUAGUGCCGGAAGAGAGUGGACGGAGCAAGAGACCCUUCUCCUCCUAGAGGCUCUGGAGAUGUACAAGGAUGAUUGGAAUAAAGUCUCAGAACAUGUUGGAAGUCGUACUCAGGACGAAUGCAUCCUCCACUUUUUAAGGCUUCCCAUUGAGGACCCAUACCUUGAAAAUUCAGAUGCCUCUCUUGGGCCUCUCGCUUACCAGCCUGUCCCUUUCAGCCAGUCGGGAAACCCUGUGAUGAGUACUGUUGCCUUUUUAGCAUCGGUUGUUGACCCUCGUGUAGCAUCUGCUGCAGCAAAAGCAGCUUUGGAGGAGUUUUCUCGUGUCCGAGAAGAAGUACCCCUAGAAUUGGUUGAAGCACAUGUCAAGAAAGUACAGGAAGCCGCAAGAGCCUCUGGGAAGGUGGACCCCACCUAUGGCUUGGAGAGCAGCUGUAUUGCUGGCACAGGGCCGGAUGAGCCAGAGAAGCUUGAAGGAUCUGAAGAAGAAAAGAUGGAAACAGAUCCUGAUGGUCAGCAGCCUGAAAAGGCAGAAAACAAAGUGGAAAAUGAAUCGGAUGAAGGUGAUAAAAUACAAGAUCGAGAGAAUGAAAAAAACAGUGAGAAGGAACAAGAUAGUGACGUCAGUGAGGAUGUCAAGCCAGAAGAAAAGGAGAAUGAAGAGAACAAAGAGCUCACUGAUACAUGUAAAGAAAGAGAAAGUGAUACUGGGAAGAAGAAAGUGGAACACGAGAUUUCUGAAGGAAACGUAGCCACAGCCGCAGCAGCUGCUCUGGCCUCAGCUGCUACCAAAGCCAAGCACCUGGCAGCUGUCGAAGAAAGAAAGAUCAAGUCCCUGGUCGCUCUCCUGGUUGAAACGCAGAUGAAGAAACUCGAGAUCAAACUCCGACAUUUUGAAGAGCUGGAGACUAUUAUGGACAGAGAGAAAGAGGCUCUAGAACAACAGAGACAGCAGUUGCUUACUGAGCGUCAAAACUUCCACAUGGAACAGUUGAAAUAUGCUGAACUACGUGCUCGACAGCAAAUGGAACAGCAGCAGCAUGGCCAGACACCUCAGCAAGCGCACCAGCACUCAGGAGGACCUGGGAUGGCCCCACUGGGAGCAGCAGGCCACCCUGGCAUGAUGCCUCAUCAGCAGCCCCCUCCCUACCCUCUGAUGCACCAUCAGAUGCCACCACCCCAUCCUCCCCAACCAGGUCAAAUACCAGGCCCUGGCUCCAUGAUGCCUGGGCAGCCCAUGCCAGGUCGCAUGAUUCCCACUGUGGCAGCCAACAUUCACCCUACUGGGGGUGGCCCUACCCCUCCCGGCAUGCCUCCAAUGCCCGGAAACAUCUUAGGACCCCGGGUACCCCUCACAGCACCAAACGGCAUGUAUCCUCCUCCACCACAGCAGCAGCCGCCGCCUCCACCUGCAGAUGGGGUCCCUCCACCUCCUGCUCCUGGCCCACCAGCCUCGGCCACUCCCUAGCCUGGAAGAUACAGGGAGCCUCCACAGCCACCACAAGCUGAAAUGGGGAUGGCAAGACUUGUGUCUCAGCUUCCUUGGUUUUCUUGCAGGAUUUUUUUUUUUUUUUUUAAACCCCGAGCACAAGUCCUAUGUCUCUCCACUCUCUGAUACUUCUUGUGUCAGGUCCUUAGUUGAUACUCAUUGGGAAGCCUGUGGUGACUGGUGUGCUCUGAUCAUUUAAAGAGUACCAUGUGUCUCCCGUGUUCCAGUGUGACAGAUGUUGGCAAUUGGUCUGCAGGUCCUGUUGACAUUAGUAAUCUCUUUGUGUCUGUCUGUCUGUCUGUCUGUUUCUCUCUCUCUCUCUCUCUCUUUCUCUCUCUGCUUUGUCUCUCUUUGCUUCAGUUUAUAAUCCUUUAAUUAUUGUCCUUUCUUCCUCUGUUAUGGCUGUUUUUAAGGAAAGUAUCUUAAGUUAAUAGAAACCAAAAAAUGGUAAUGGGCAGAGAUAGCCACUGAGGGACACACCUUAAGGCAUUAUAAGUGACCUUAUUUCUGCUUAUCUGAGCUAAGAGUGGUGCUACUGAUAAAGUUACGGAGACUUGUCACACAUAAAUGCACCAAGAUGAGAAGAGCUGGGGAAGGAGGGGGUACCCUUUUGAUUUAAUUUCCUUGUGAGGACUAUGAAGGACUCCAAUCUGCCUGGAAGAACACACCACUGUACCUGUGGUGAAAACAAAGAGCACAGACAUAACAAGCCCACUCCUUCCUUCUCUCAGCACUCUGGUUUUCUGUGCAGAUUUGCAGUAUUGGAACUAGAUGGUUGUUUUCCUAAGGGCAGCUUGAGCUUUAAAAGUUGGAUUUGGGGAGGCAUUUGCUGGGUUUUCCCAGUCUAACAAAGAAAGAUGAAGAGUCUGGGGCCCUACCUACACACCUUUAGGAGUCCUAUCCAAACCUCCCUACCCUCCCCAAAUACAUAGGCUCUACCCUCGCCACCCCAAUGAAUGUUCCAGACGAACAUUACGUCUUUCUAAGCCUUCCUAUAAGAAAGGGAAAAAAAUGUAAAAUGGGUUAAAUAGAUUAUGUCAAACAUUUUUCCUCAUGCAACUUGGUUAGGGUGGUAGGGUACAGUCCUAAACUACCUCUUGCUGUAGCCAGGGUGAAUGGGAUUUCUUACGCGGUACUGAGGUGCAGAGUGGGAAUGGGAAUGCUCACAUGUGCUCAGCAGCCUCCUGCACCUUCUUUUUCCGAGACCUCACCUCCAUCUGUCACAGGGUUAUGGAGACUGCUGAUGGCACAAGGACCUCACUUGGCUCUAAAGUGCUUUAAGGUGUGGGGUGCCAUCCCAGAGAAAUUGCCACACACACACAAAAAAAAAGCCUUAAUUUGAGCCUGUAUCAACCACUGCUGAUGGGCAGUUAGAUGGAUUUUGGUUUUGUCAGCUUCUUUCCUCCCUCCCUCCCUUCUGUCUUUCCAUUAGUAGCAAAAGGGUGUUUUUGGCAGAACUUUUAAGUGGCAGUUUCAUUCUUGAGAAUGCAAGGCAGAACACCUUGUGGGUGUAUUUUCUAUGUGUGUUUUAAAGCUUUAUGUAUGAGAGGUGUAGGUAGGCAUUUCUUAAUAACAAAAAAAAAAAAAAGUACACACACACACAGCUGAGAUUUGCCUUUUAGACUCUUGGGUUUGCCUCUAACCAGGAGUCUGGGUCACAGCCAGAGUCCUGGGGUGCUAGAGCUAAAGAAAGCCUGUUCCUUCCUUGUACUCCGGUCUUGGAGUGGAGAUGGAAAUGAGCUUGUCUCGGGUGCUCUUCUUAUUCGCCUCCAGGAAGACCCCAAUGUCUUCUGACUGGAGCCAGGGUUCCCCUCCUUCCUGCCAUUCUCUCCCAAAGUAAAUUGACUCCAAACACUUGCCUUCUCCUUGGAAUCCUAGCAGAAGAACAGGACUCUGGCCCGUACUAUGGUCAUUUGUAACCUAAGGUCUGCAAUGUUAUCACUUUCCAGCUUGAGAUGCAAGUGGGGAUAAUUUUACAUUGUUGAUAAUCUACAGAACCUAAGUUCAACACCGCUCUCAUCAUGACCGUCAGCUGGGUAUCAUUCCUGUAAUAACACCCGUUCAGUUUUGUGAGGGUGGGCUUGGAUACUGUGGGUUUUGUACAAAUGUGUUUCUCAGUGUGGGUUUUUGGUUUUUGUUGUUGUUUUUCCUCUAGGUUUUGUUUUAAUGAGGGAAGGGAGUUUUGAGAGUUUGGGAGAAAGUGAAUGAAAGUGGCUUAAUGUCCCUCUUUUUCAUUGAAUAAAUGAAAUACCAUUUUGAAUUCUA